AUGGACCAGGGCCUGCUCCGACCGAGGGCAGCCAGUCAGUCGGCGCUGCUGCCGCGCCACGGGGUGGAGUCAGUCGUGGCCGCGCCAGCGGCUUCUCUCGCUGGUCGGCGCUACUGGCGACUGUGGUUGCUGAGACUCUUGCUGCUGACGGGGGCGCUCUACGUUGUGUUGCUCGUCUGCUGGAAUGCCAGGCAGCUCGAAGUCCUGGGCCUCUCAAGCUCCAGCGCCGCUUCUGCGGCACAACUGUCGGCUAGGGAGAUCUCGAUUCGAGCUGCUCUAGCGGUGGCUCGGCAGCAGGAGGCCGAGAUGCAAGCUAAGAUGGCGCCGACGGACAAGAAGGACAAGAAGAAAGUGGACGCCCGUUUGAGAUGUCGGGGCUGGAAGGCCACGAGCGACUGCAACCCCGACGGCGAGCGACUGCCGGAGCUGGAUUUGCCCUGCGGCAAACCGGUGCCCGUCGAUCAGUCCGGGUACUGCGAACUCGAGGACAAAGACACGGGUGAAGUCUUCCAGGUGGUGAAGCGCGCCUGCAACAGCGUGAGAGAGGACGCGAGGUUCCGCUGCCUCGACGCCGCCGAGUUUGUCAAGUUCCCCAUCAGAGCGAAGGAGGUGGCGAAGAAAGCGCUAGCCCCUGGUUACGCACUGCCGCACGUGGUGCCCGAGGUUCCUGGUGUGAACUCGAACCAAUCCAGAGGCCAAGAUGGAAUUGUCAUGGUUGUAUAUCCAAGGCUACUAGCGAGCGCCUACGCUACUGUGCGAGCUCUACGAGACGUGAUGGGCUGCCAGCUGCCGAUUGAGCUCUGGUACCGUCCUGACGAAAUGAGAUCUGUGCGCAAAGGUUUGGUGCCGCUGAAGAAGCUGGCCGAGUCGGUUGGGGGCAUCGCGUUUCACGAGAUCAACGACGCUCGAGCAUUCGGCUACGGGGCGAAAGUGUACGCCAUUUACCACAGUUUCUUCGAGCGGGUGUUGUUCCUUGACGCCGACAAUGUUCCUGUACGGGACCCGAGCUUCCUGUUCCAGUCUGCCGAGUUCUUGGAGACCGGCGCUGUCUUCUGGCCAGACUUUUGGCACCCUGACAACACCAUCUUCAACAUCCACCGCCAGUCCCUCGUGUGGCAAUUCCUCGACCUCCCGUUCCAGGACAUGUUCGAGCAGGAAAGUGGCCAGCUCCUCAUCGACCGACGGCGCCACACUGCGCCCAUGGAAGUGCUCUCGUUCUACGCCUUCCACCGCCCAAAUCUCUUCGACAACUUCAAACUCGCGCACGGCGACAAGGACCUUUUCCGCUUCGCGUGGAUGCACCAGAACGCGUCGUUCCACAUGAUGCAAGCGCCGCCUGCAGUCGCUGGCAAAGUGGUCGACGGCAACUUCUGCGGUAUGACGAUGGUGCAGCACGACGUUCAGGGCGAGGUUCUCUUUUUGCAUCGGAACUCGCACAAGCUCACGGGUGUGCGGACACAAGAAGUCGAGGGCGUUCGUGCUGAAGCUCUAGCUAAAGCACAGGAGAAGCUCGCGGCUGUGACGGCCAAGACGGGCCACAGUCGAAUGACUCCCAAGUGGAGUGAAGUAGAGGCCGAGAUUGCAGCGACGACACAGGCAUCCACGCUGGAAGCACCCGAGUCCGACGAAUACCCGGACGAGAUGAUCUGGACGCACUUGCUGUCCUUCAAUAGCACCGCCGAACGCGCAGACUACGUGAUCGAGGCGUAUAAUGCGGACCCACAGUUCCCGAAAGAGCAGCACUGCUACGGGCAGCGCCACAUCGGCUCGAACCCGAACUUCCACGCCAGAGAGAUCGCUAGUCUGAGCUUCGCUGGACUGGAAGCUGACUUGCGUCGGUUUGCCAAGGAGGCAGCAGAGCAGGCGGCUCAGAAUGCUCGAGCGUAG